UAUUCACAUUUACGUCAAACAUCCGAGAAAAAUGAAUUACGAGUAAGUUUAUAAUUAAUCUCGUGCAUUACCAUGUACAUUAUUUUGAUUUUAUGAACCCUACAAGUUCAACAAUAGUAGUGUUUUAGGGGUAAAAAAAAAAAAGAGAGAAAAGAAAAGUUGCGAGCAAUAGCCUUUUCAGUUAUUUCCCUAUCAUUGUAACACUCAGCGGCUCCUUUUCGCUACCCAGUUACUUCCUGGUUUCUCUACCGCCGAAACGAGAGGCGAAGCAGAAUCCUAAUAACCUUUUUUCCAGGUUUCCAAUAAUAGAUAGUUUUUCUUCAGUUUUGCUUCAUUUCCUGUAAAUUCUUUCAAGUAUUCAUCCAUCAGUUUAUCACUAUAAUCGCAAGACAGGUUAGCUUCUGUUUAUACUUGAUUUAAUUGCAAUGUUUUUGAUUCAGAAUGUCUGUAAAGAUUGCAUCUUUGAUGAUAACUUGUAAAAUUUCAAGAUGGGUAUUUUCAAUUAAGUGUCUCUCUUCAAUUUCUAGUGUUAAUCAUGCUCACAAUUUAUCAAAAUCCACCCAAAAUGUGCUAAAUAGGAGUGAAAUUGAUCCUAGAAUACAGUACUUGAAGAAUGAUAAUGGGCUGUCCCCGGAUAGUUUGAUCAAGGUUUUGGAUAGUACUCAUGAUUUGAAUUCGGCUCUUAAGGUGUUUAAAUGGGCUUCUCUUCAAAAACAGUUUAGGCAUACUGCUGAAACCUAUUAUAGGAUUAUAGUGAAGCUGGGUUUUGCUGGAAAUGUGGAUCAAAUGGAGGGGUUUUGCAGGGAGAUGGUUAGGGAUAGGUGCCACGGUGCGGCGGAGGCUCUAGGAGGUUUGGUGGAUCUAUUUGUUGGUGAUGGUAGGUUAGAUGAAGCUAUUAGGGUAAUUUUGGUUAUGAAUUCUAGUGGGUUUAAGCCCUCUUUGGGCAAAUGGAAUGAUCUUUUAGGUGCCCUAGUAGAGAGGGAGAGAGGUUUUCGUGAUGUAUUGUUGGUUUAUAAGGAGAUGGUGAAAUCAGGGACUCUUCCAAAUGUUGAUACUUUGAAUAGUUUGAUAAAAGCAUUAUUUGAUGCAAAGAUGGUUGAUAAGGCCUUGGAUCAAUUUAGAAGGAUGAAGAAGAAGAGGUGUGCUCCUAAUUGUAGGACUUUUGAGAUUGUUAUACAUGGUCUCGUUGCCACAAACCUUGGGGAUAAAGCACUUGGAGUAAUGAAUGAGAUGUUUGAAAUUGGCGUGAAUCCUGAUUUGAGAUUCUAUACUAGUGUCAUACCGCUAUUCUGUAAAGAAAAUAAGCCGGGAGAAGCCAUGAGGUUGUUCGACAUGAUGAGAACUUUAGAGUUUGAGCCUGAUCUAUGCAUCUACUCGUCUAUGGUCAAAUGUUUGUGUGUGAAAGACCUCAACAAAGCAACUGAGCUUUUCCACGAGAUGAGAAAUGCUGGGUUUAGUCCUUCAACUGAUGUUCUUGUGGACAUUCUAUGUGCAACCUGCAAACUCGGGAACCUUGACGAGGCAAGAACUUUGUUAGAUGAUAGUCAUGUUGUUGACCCUGCUCCUUACAAUGUGCUCCUUCAAGGUUUCUGUGAUGCUCAUUACUUCCUAGCUUCCAAAGAUCUAUUAAAAAAAAUGCUAAACUUGGAUGUGGUUGAUCAUCUAUCCUGGAAUAUCCUUAUUCUAGGACUUUGCAAUGAUAAAUAUGUUAAGCAAGCCUGUGUUAUUCUUGGAAAGAUGAUCAUUUUGGCCUAUGAACCUGACUUUGCUACUUACUCUGCCCUGGUCAUUGGCAAUUGCAAUUUGUACAAGUAUGAGGAUGCUCUAAAGCUAUUUCGACUAUUCAGUGGAAAAAAUUGGAUACUGGAUCCUAAUUCUUAUGAUAAGCUAAUAAAAGGACUUUGCAAUGUAGAAAAGUUUGAAGAGGCCUCUGAAGUAUUCAUGUUCAUGUCAUCAAGAAAUUGUUCCCUGCAUUCCUCUUCAUUCAGCAGUUUGAUCAAGGGUUUUUCUGCAACUGGAAGGGUAGAUGAAGCAAUCAGGUUGCUGAAAUAUGGUCAAAGUUGCCUGAAUCCUGUGAACACAAUGACUUAUACUGCUGUAAUGCAUGGUCUGUUGAAACUCAAUAGGCCAUAUGAGAGCCUAACUUUCCUCUCGCAAAUUCUAAGGCGUGGUUUGGUUCUGGACUUGGAAGCAUAUUGCAUCCUCAUUCAAUGCAUGAUUGCUUUAAGAGAAACAAACUAUUGUGUUUUGUUUUUCAAAGAGAUGGUUAACAAUAGCUUACUCCCUGACAGUGAAACACUUGCUAGCCUUUUGUCUCAUUUAGCUGAUCACUCUCAGUUACAUAUAAUAUGGGCGGCAAUAAAAAAUAUUUGUCAGGAAACUGAGGUUAUUGAACCAAAAGUUUAUAACUUGAUAAUUAAUGGCCUUUGCAAAGAGGGAUAUAAAUCUGAGGCAUGCCAACUACUUGAUUUGAUGUUGGAGAAGGGUUGGGUUCCAGAUGCUAGUACGCAUGGAUCGCUGAUUGGAACUGUCUCUAAUCAAGAAGUGGAGCUUCAAAUAUCAGAACCUGACAUGGCCGACAAUUCAGUCAUGCAGGAUGAGGUUAGUAGCAUACUUUCUGAGGGAUUAGGAGAAGUUUAAAGAACAGCGUACUCCAUAUAGCUACGCUACAGCUCCAGAUUGCUAGUAUCUUUCUCUGGCCAAUUCACUUGCACCAAAAAUGCUGGUAGGUAAGUAGUUUUAAGCCGCAUGUAUAGAUUUCCAUUCAUCACACGAAGUAUUAUUUUGUGCUCAGCUACUUUAUUUUUUCAACUGUCUGCUAUAAAUACUUUAAAUUUAUAUCAGAAUUAGGAUUAUAUGGCCCUAAUACCAAUGUUACCACUCUUUAAUUACCCUAGAUUCCCAAAGCAUCUCUGUGAUUUGCUUGAAUUGGCAGUCCUCGUCUGAUGUGGAGGUUAAUAGGUUAUGGGCCUUGAAGAAGUAUGUGUUUUGUCUCUAUUUAUAAGUUUUAGAAGGUUGUACUUUUAGUUGUGAUAGGUUUGAUUUGGAAAGUAACAUUGUAAUUCAAGUUGUUUCAUUACUUGGCCUUUUUGUAACCAAUGAAUUCUGAUGCAAAAUGAUCAUAUAUAACUGGACUCUCACUCUGCAGCAUUUGACAAGCGAGCAUAACCACUUUCUCUGUGUUAUAUGGCACUGCCAUAUGGUUUUACUGGAAUUUGCCUACUAUGGACUAUGGUAAUGCAACAUCUACCACCCUAUGAGUUGUAAGGUGAAUUUACAAGAAGGAUAUGAUUGUAAGAUCAUUUGGACUAAGUUUUUAAUGUAGAGAGGGUAGAGGUUCUCUUGUUUAACAUGUGACAUCAACAGACAUUGAGACUUGAUUACGUAAUCAGUGUGGUGAUUUUUUUUUUUUUAGACUUGUAUUCUCUGUGCUUGGGCCACAGUGCUCUUCAGAGUGUCUAAGGUGGUUGAGGCAUGCCUUGUGGAAGCAGCCCCAAUUAUGUGACAGUUAAAACUUGAUGACAAUAUCAUGCACGUUAACCUUUCAACUUGCAUGUAGUCUAGCUCCUUUGUUGGGUGUUGUUUUUGAAAUGAAACUCUGCCUUUAAACUUCAAGAGGCUUAUAUUUGAAUCCAACCUCCGUCUUCAGAUUUGGCGCUUAACUCUUAAGUAUGGCCAAGGGUAGAAACAGCCAGUUGCUAUCAGUCAACCAUUUGCCUGUCAAUUAGUUGACAUUCAGCAUUUCAGCCACAGUAAACUUGGUAACAAGGCACUAAUCACGCUGAUCAAGCAUUACAUUACUUGUGUUGACAAAACAUGUACUCUGGAAUAUUUCUGGCCCUGAGAAAAGAGGCUAGUCAUUCAGUCCAUAUAUUCUUCCUGUUGAAAGUCCAGAAAUUGUUCUGUUUAUUCCAGAAUAUGUUAUAAUUGUGGUAAUUCUAUAAUUUUUACGCUAAAAUGUCAAUAAAACUAUUGUAAAUAACAUGUGAAUAAAAAAAAUCAUCAUAUUGUUGUUUAUGAUCCUCUCGAUUUAUUCUUUCAUUUGGACUUAAUCAUGUAUUAUGCCCUCAGUUCACUUUCAGACGGUGUACUUGGAUCAUGUUGAACAUGAGAAAUGUGAUUAUUGCGCGAA